AUGAAUUCCUUAUUUACUAUUCUUUAGGAUAUUCAAAUAAAUGUACCCUAAUCACAAUUAUAACAUUCUUUUGUUUUAUGUGGUCAACCUCAAUCUGGGAAAUCAACAAUCGUCUCCAAACUAACAUCUCAGUAAAUACAGGAUCAAGCAGGCCUAAUUUACGCAUAAUAAAAGACAAACAUUAUUGGCUAUUAAGCAGUGCUCUAAUACUUUGAGAUUUCUGGAUAAGCCUUUAAAUAGUUAUUGACUUUGCCAUUAAACAAGCAAUCAUACUAAUAGUACAGUUAUGUUUUAGUAAUCGAUUUAUCUGAUAACCCUCAUGAAAUAUUAAAUGUUUGCAAUGCAGAAAUUAGGUAUAUCAGAGAAGAAACAGAAAAGAAGUUAUAAUAAUCAAUUGAUGUCGAUACCUUUAAAUAACUGGAAUUAAAUAUUUAUGAUAAGAUCAUGAUGCAUCAUGACAAAAACAGAAUAGUGCCUUUAUACGUACCCAUCAUCAUUGUAGGAUGGAAAUAUGAUUUGUUCUCUAAAAAUCUGGAUUUAGAAUCCAGAAAAUGGAUAACAAGAGGUUUAAGAUACUUAGCACAUACAAAUAAUUGUUCACUUGUAUUUGGAAGCAAUUAGGAUUACUAAUUUGUUAGAUAGACGUUGUAAUACCAUGUGAAACCUACUGCUUCGAUUUAUCAAUAUGACCAUUUGAAAUAAAUAUGUAUCACUCAACUUUCUGAUUCAAUUGAAAAUAUCAAUCUACCCCCAUCUGGUAAUAAUCCUUUGGAUGGAUUCAAUAAAAUAAUUAAAGAUCAAAUUGUUGCUGUAGUAAAUAAUCAAAAAAAGAAGAAACAAUCGAAAAUAACAGAGGAGGAUUGGAAUAACUAUAAGGAAGAAAAAAUUGACAGACUUAUAAAGCAAUUUGAAUUUUAAUAAAAGUAAACCGCAAAGCAAGAGGAAUCGGUAUUAAUUUGA